AUGAUGGCUGGAGGCUUAACUGAGGCUAAGCCUGCUACUCCAGAAGUCCAGCACAUUGUUAAUCAGGUGAAGCCACAAUUUGAAAGCAGGGAAAACAGGACAUGUGACAUCUUUAAUGCCAUAAUAUAUAAGACUCAGGUGGUUGCUGGGCUGAACUACUUUAUUAAGGUCCAAGUUUCUGAUGCCGACUAUGUCCACUUAAGGGUGUUUCAGAGCCUUCCUUAUGAGAACCGAGGUCCCAGCCUGGUCAGUUUUCAGACUGGCAAAACCAGAGAUGAUCCUCUGACCUACUUCUGAGAGAC